GUUGUUCCAAUGGGAAGAUGCAGGCAGGACGAUGAAAGUAACUCAGGUGUAACGUACGUUUGUCAGUCGUUUAGUGCUCAGUAUCUAUAACAUCAGGUGACAUUAGACUUUAAUAGCGACGACACUGUACUGAAAAACAAGUUUUACGAUCGAGCAGACGCAGCUUCCUACGACUUACUUACUUGGUCUUACGUACUUGCGAUCAUCAUCAUCCUCCUUGCAACAAGUCAUUCAAUUGUACGUAGCCUCGAUUUUUCAUCUACUCUGUUUUCCUGCAACAUGGCGAAGAACAUCCGGAAGAAGCAGGCGGUCCGCAGAAAGGCUGAGGGAAAGGCGACCGCGCGAAGCAAAAAGACGGUAACCAAAGACAACAACCCGCUCGCAGAUCGAAAGGUCGCCAAAACGCACCGAGGCCGACGGGAACUGAAAGCGCGGGAGCCAAAGGUGGUGGAAAAUGCAAAAACAACACUCCUGAUCCGCGGACAACGAACAAAAGAGGAGGUAUCUAUUUGAAUGAGUUCAAGAAAAUGUCUGUAUCUAUGAUUGUUCUCGUCAACUCAACAAUUUGUACUGAAAUUCACUUGCAUUACAGCAAGGAUGAAGUAGAAAUAUUCUUGCGACAUGGUGCGCUGAGCCGGGUGAUGAGACCGUGGUAAUUGCAUUGUGUAUGAUUUACUUCUUGAUGCCUAUCCUUGAACUUGACAGCUGCACCAAGUGCUGAAGGACAUGCACGACCUAAAAAAGCCGUUGAGCGAAGCGCUCUUUCGCAAGCACGAGGACGCGAACCCGUUCGAACCGGAGGGCGCGGCGAAGAUUGUAGAGAUGUGCAACAAGAAGGACGCCGGGCUCUUUGCGUACGGGUGCUCGACCAAGAAGCGUCCGCACCGACUGGUCCUGGGGCGGCUCUUCAACCAGGAGCUGCUGGACCUAGUGGAGUUUGACGUGCAGGACAUGCACACCUUCCUGCCCAAGGCGAAGCUUCCCACCCUCGGCGCGAAGCCGCUGCUGCUGUUCCAGGGCGCCGGGUGGGAGCUGUCCGAACCGAUGCAGCAGGCAAAGUCGCUGCUGAUGGAUUUUUUCCGGGGCGCCAACCCGGAGCGGGUCAGUCUCCACGGGCUCGAGCACGUGCUGGUGUUCACCUGCGACCACGCCUUCGGCGCGCUUCCCUCCACUGCUGCAGCCACCGCCGCUGCGGGCGCAACUAGUAGUGCCGCGACGGGUUCCUCGGCGAAAAACGGUAAGAUCCUCUUCCGAGCCUACCGGGUGCAGAUGAAGAAGAGCAGCACUGGAAAGUUGCCGCGCGUCGCACUAGAGGAGACAGGGCCCCGAUUCACGCUGGCCCUCGAUCGCGUCAAAGAAGCUGACCCUGCAGUCCUGAAAUUGGCAAUGAAGGUAUAAUAAGAAAUGGAAUGUUUGAGUAGAGUGUUGGGUGCGGGUACGGGUUGCUACCUAACUAUCUGGAAUUUGCAGUUUUUCCCGCUUAGAAUGCAGUUGCAGAGUUGUGGUUGUGCCUAGACCCACAUGACAAACGUAGCUCAUCUACAUCGAGCUCAUGAUCCACAUGAAGAUAGCAGGUUUUAGAUUUUUUCUGCACGGCAUGGCAAUGGUCACAUGAUAAAUACAACAGGUUCCUGCCGGUGCCGAGAAGAGAAAAGUAAAGAACGAGGAGAGCAGCGGGGUCGGGAAGAAAUUUGGCCGGUUGCAUUUGGGACGACAAGAUUUCAGCAAGAUCAACACCCACGGUGUGGGGAUAGCGAAAAAGCGGAAGACCGCGACGGAUCAAAGUGGAGCAUCUUCUACCACCGCCAGCACUGCAGACGCGGCUAUGAACGUCGACCAGCCAGCGGUCGCAUAAAGACAACCUACUUGAAGAUGUCGACCACUUCGCUGCAAUGUCAGCUGCAUAAAAAAGAUGCUGCAAAAAAUCAAUGCAGUCGUCGUGAGUGUGUGAUGUGCUUUUUUGGUCUUGAUUCUCCAUGUUGACAUCUGCGUGUCUAUCGAUCUGUCUGUGCUACUGGAGGGCGGAUCAAGAAGAAUUUCUGCGAAUGUAAAGAAUCUGGUGCAUGGAUAUGCUGCAAUCCCUUUGCUUGGUUCGACACGUGUGUUCGAUCGCUCAUUCAUCGUAGGUCCCGU